CAGCGGCGAGUCAGCGGCUUCACCUCCUCCUUCAGUCUUCUCUCGCCGGCCGUUGGCAGAGGAUCCCCGCAUCGAUCGCGUUCUCCGCGCUCGUAGAUCUUUUUCCCCCCGCGUGCGUGUAUAUCUUUGCGUGUACAAUUCACGCGUACGGUUCCCCGUUGGUAAAGGGCACCAUGUUGGUCCUUGAACAUCGUCGCGGGGCCACCUGGGCCAACGCGAUCGCGCUCUCCUGAGAGAACCCCACGUGACGUCAUCCCGACGUUGGUUCAUCUCUCUUUUUUUUCUCUCUCUCUCUCUCUCCUUCCGAGAUCUUUUCUCUCUGUCUCUCCUUCCUUCCUCAGAGUGAUCUCCUUCUCUCCUUAUCUCUUCUCCAUUUUUCUUGAUCUUGCGUGAGAUCGAUCCUGUGGAUGGUAAUCGCGUCGGGAAGUGCGUGGGUUCUCUACUUAUUUUUCUUCUUGGAUACAAGAGUCUUCCCCGCCUGAGAGCUUUUCCGCUCUCGAGGCAGUGCGAAGUCGAAAACUGGGACGUGUUCUCGGACACAACUGUCAUUGGAUUUCCAGACACUUUACAGCGGAUUUUUCGCUUCUCGGACAUGUAGAUGCAAGCGCCGACCGCAGGAUUGUGCCACGACGCGAGCAUCGCCGACGCGAAUUCUAAUCAUCAUCAUCUCCAUCACCACCUUGGCCACAACGAGCACCGAUCUCAGGAACCUUACCGGACACCGUCGUCCUCCUCCAUGUCUACCUUGCUAUGCGAGCCAGUGUCAGCUGGCCGGCCGCGGGCCAAUCUGAAGCUCGUGCUGAAUCGCAGUCUGAGCGAGCCGGGACCAAGUCCCUGUGCCUUCCCAGCCUCACCGAGUGCCUUGUCGAUCUCCACCUCUGUCGUCAGCAACAACAACAACAACAACAAUAACAGCAACAGCAAUCUCAGCGAACUGCCUAAGAUCGUCAUCGACGAAGAGACGAACGACGACGACGACGAAAACAACGAAGUUCACCGUCGUGGUUAUCACCACCACCACUACCAUCAUCACCAUCAUCAUCAUCAUUUGCAUCAUCUUCAUCACCAUCAGCACCUGUCGGUGACUUCGAAACGUUGCAAGCUGGAGUCUGCCAGUUUACCGAACAGUCCGUGCUCGGAGAACAGCACCCUCCAUCGUCAGCUGGUGUUGAGCAAAACUCGCGUCAUCAGUCCUGACGAUUUUGCCCAAUGCCUCGAGCGUCUCUCCGAGCAGCUCUCCGUCGAACCGCCGGUGAUCCUCGAUUGCAGAACAUUCAUACAGUACAAUGUCAAUCACAUUCGCGGUGCUUUCAACAUCAACUGCUCGGACCGUUUCAAUCGUCGCAGAUUCCUGCUGAGGAAGGCCACCCUUGCCGAUCUCGCGACCACUCGCGAGAGCAAGGAGCUGCUCAGAAGAAGACAGUUCAAGGACGUCAUAGUGUACGACGAUUGCACCGACGAUCUGGAGCACUUGGAUGCCGAGCAUCCGUUGUUCCUGGUACUCGCCGCGUUAGUGGACGACGAUCGGGAACCUGCCUUGUUGAUCGGUGGACACCGGGAAUUUCACAGGCGGCAUCGAGAACUGUGCGAGGACACGCUCCUGCCGAACGGCACCGCGGCCGCCGAUUCGUCAACGACUCUGACGACGACGGUGAGCGGUUGCGCGAGCCGCGGACCAGGUUGCCCAGUGUUGAGCAUCUCCGGACCGCCCACCCCGCAACCGACGGACAUCGACAGCCAUCCGGCGUCGCGCGUCCUGCCGUUCUUGUACCUCGGCAACGGCCGGGACGCCGCGGAUCUGCAGUUACUGCGCGCCCUCGGCGCCACCCGGGUGCUGAACGUUACCUCGCAGCUACCCGGUUACCAUCAAGAGCGGGGCAUCACGUACAGACAGAUACCCGCAUCCGACUCGGGCCAUCAGAACCUCAAGCAGUACUUCGAAGAGGCGUUCGAUUUCAUCGAGGAAGCGCGAAAAGCCGGAAGCAGCGUGCUGGUGCACUGUCAGGCUGGCGUUUCGCGCAGUGCCACGAUCGCAAUUGCUUACAUAAUGCGGCACAAGGGCCUGUCGAUGGUGGACGCGUACAAACUGGUGAAGAACGCGCGUCCGAUCAUCAGUCCGAAUCUGAACUUCAUGGGUCAGCUGUUGGAACUCGAGCAGGGUCUGCGGACGUCCGGCGACAUCGUUAGCUCGCCGGACGACGAGUCCGCGACGGCAGCGACGGCGACGUCGGCGACGGCGACAACGACAACGGCGUCGACGACAAGUAGCUGCCACCAGUGCAGAUGGAGUCACAAUCAAUCAAACUCCUCCAGCGAGGAGGUUGUCACGUCCGGCUGCAGCGUCUGAGAUCAUCAGGAGAGUCAUCUUUUUCUCCCUCGAGUGAAGCGCGUCGUCGGCGUUGAAGCGCCAUAAAACACACACAUACACACAAACAUAUCCCGAGAGAUCAUCGAGAGCGAGUAUGGGCGUUAAGUUGUUCGCGACCAAUGCGACCGAAGUUUACGAUUUUCGUGGGGAUUGGAUGGAAUUCUUCAAAUUCUAACCGUAUUAUAGAAAAACUACCGCGACAGGGGACGAACAAGUUUUUUCCACAUCGUUUUGAAGCAAUCUAUUGAGUCUGCGUGCGAUUAUCUCGGUUCCUGAAUCUUCGAUAUUUAAGUUAUUUUGCUUUAAGUUAUUAGAUUAUUUAAAAAAAAACCUAGCAAAAUUUGUUUUUUUUUUUUCGACUCUCGGGAUUUCCGAGCGUCUUUGUAAGAUUGUACUUUUUUUGAGAUCUUUCUCGGAAACGAUCUAUCCAAUCGGAAACAGCACGAAUUGCUGACUGAUUAAGAAAAAUGGAGACUUACGAAACACACAAACUCGGAAGAACAUAUAAGAAAAAAAAACGUGUAUGAAAGAAGCCGAUGUGAAUGAAAUGACAGGAAGUGUUCGUGUGAGAGAAACACGCUAUCUUCCUUCGAUAACGAGUAAAGCAGCGCGUUGCGAUUAUUUAUUGUCGAAUGACAUUUGCGCGAAUGAUAUAAAUAUAACUUGUACUUACGACGCAUAUGCGGUGUUCUCUCGAGUCAAUACUAGGGAGGCAAAUGAUUUUUUGUGCGAGAAUAAUUUGGCGAGUUUCUCAUCGAGAUAAGCUGUCGAAUGAAAUUUGUUUGGUGUUGUUAUUAUAGCGCGGAAUAAAUGGGGAGAAAAAAACAUUACGACGUCGGCAUAAAACAGUCAGUCACUUAAUCGUAGGCAGCUUGUAUGUAAUGCGCAAAGAAAUAUUGUUAUCAAUAUGAAAAACUUUUUAUGGUUUAUUUCCUAUAACGGCCAAUGAGUGACACAUUGUUCAAGUCGAUGUAGCACGUGAAGUAAACGAAUCAAAAAAGUUUUUUUCACAGUCAUUUCUUUAAUUUUCCCGCUGAACACACGACAACAACAACAACCCUCUUGCGUUCAACAGACACGAGUCGCGUGUAUUUGCCUCCCGAUUUUGACUUCGGGUAAAAAAAAAAAAAAAAACGAAAGUUAAUUCCCGAGAGGAAUUAUGAUCCGCACGGAAAAAAAAAGAAAGAAAGAGAGAGAGAGAGAGAGGAGAGACAGAGGACAGUCGUCGAUUGUAAACGUGUACGAAGUGUCACAAGGAGGAAGUAAACGAGGUUCUAGUCUUUAAACUAACGGAGUUACUAUUGCAGUGAUAGAGUCUCAUCUUAGUUUUAUUUUUCCGAGAUACAACAUAUUUUUUCAGCCGAUAAGUUAAGGACAAUGGUGAAACAUAAAGACAAUAUCCGUUUGUUUUCUUUUUUUUUUUUUUUUUUUUAUCGAAUGUGAAACUUAUCGAACGCACGAUUGCAUUUUCGAGGGAGGUGAAAAGAGAAUAUUCCAAUGCUAUUAUUUUUCAGAUAGCGAAUGUUUUAUUUCGUGAAAAUUGAUAACUUACAUUAAUUUCUCGGUACUGUAAUAUCACGUGCGUGAAUUUUAUUUUAUUUAUUUAAGUGUGAAAGAAGGCAAGUAAAAAGUUUUACGUUAAACAAUCGUUUUUGUUUAUGAAUUUCCUUCGAGAAUGCGAUUUUGCUGUUAAUACGCGAAUGGACAAAUACUUUAUUUAAGUAGGGUAAUAUACUUGUAUUAACAUUCUCUCUCUUUCUCUCUCUCUCUCUCUCUUUCUCUCUCUCUCGAGGCAACCUGUAUAUCAGAAUCACAAAAAAACCGGAAUGUUGAUUUGACGAGUCUCUGACGAAGAGAACUGUUUAUUAAGCGAACUGCAAACGAUCGUUAGACGAUUGAUAAGUUAAAUAACGAUUGCGUGAUGCAUCCCCGGAUGCUGAAUGUUGUUUUUUUUUCGGAGGCGUGAUAGAAUGCGUGAAAGAGAGAGACGAGAAAACGGGUGUGAGACAUGGCAGGGAAGAAAAUGAAAUAUAUGUAAUAAAAGCGAAUUGAUCGAGAGAUCGUCAAUCGCGCACGGAGAAUGAGAGAGAGAUAAAGAGCGGGAGGUUCGUUUGUCUGCGUCUAUUUCGACUGCAACGCGGUUGGUAUAAAAAAAAAAAAAAAAACAAUAUUAAUAUAUCGUUCGCCGGAAGUAAGCUUAUAUAGUACGGUAAGCUCCCUUAGCAUUUAAGGAUCUGGUUGAGGUCCAACCAUCGUGAUCUAGUCGUUUGUUGGGAUAAUGAUACAUACUGCAUGAAGAAAAGAAAUGCGCGCGCGCAAAAGAUGUAUAGUUUAAGAAAUAACGAUUGUAAUUGUGCGCGAAAAAUCAUCGCGUGUGUGAAAUAUUCGCGUCAGGUUUACAGCUCAGUAUGUGUGCAAUGCAGGAGGAAGAUAUAUAUAUAUAUAUCAUCGCGCGUAAUGUGUAUAUAUAUGUACCAACAAUCUUGAGAUUCGAGAAGCGAGAAAUAGCGAAAAGAAACGCUUUGUUUAACGACUUAAUCACAGCUGACAAUAACUUCGCGGAGAGAAGCUAUCUUGAGAGAAAGAGAGAGAGAGAGAGAGAAAAAGUUGCGAAUGUCGGGGAAGGUGAGAGAGAAGAAAAAUCCAAGUUCCUGAAAAUUUUGUCUACAACGACGAGUUCGGUUGAUUUAUUAAUCGAUUUUCGAAGAACGGUACAUAUCAUCGAAGCGUUGCCUUGCAAUAAAAAUAAAAAGUAAAAAAAAAAAAAAAACGCGACUGAGAGAACUGAACAAAAAUAGUCGUAGAGGCGCACGGUGUAGACAAUUAAAAAAAAAAAAAAA